GACAAGGCAAAGCUAUGACCAAACAAAGUUGCCUCUGAGGCCAUCUCUCUAGAACAUAACGUGAAAAUGACUCAGCUUUGCCGAAAAAUGCUUCACUUCAAUAUCAAGAAAAGAAUCCUCUCUCGGUCUUGAUUCUCGGGUGGUAUCUCAACUCGCUUUGGAAACGAUUCCUUGCUUGCUGGAUCCGAAGGUCAUCCGUUCGUUAUAGACAAUUGCCAACCAUUGUUACCAUCUCUUCCUCUACGUUGCCUCUUGUGGAUAGGGCUGGCUUGUCCUCCACCUACAUGGCCUCACCACUACGCCGUUGCGGCAAUCAUGACAACGAUUCUUCGGAUCUAGUUGUUUUGAAAAUCAGUCUCUUGGGUGAUGGUCAAAUUAGCAAGACAAGUUUUUUGUGUAAUUCCAUGGUUUCAACAAGCCAAGAAAUGGAAUCAGAUAGCCAUUCCAGUAAUAACAGGGACCAAGUUCGAUGCAAUAACAACAUUCCAGCAGCCUGUAACUGUAAGGAUUCAGUAGCAAUGUUAUUCAUGUUCGAUCUCACAAGUCGGUGCACCUUGAAUAGUGUAAUUCCAUGGUUUCAACAAGCCAAGAAAUGGAAUCAGAUAGCCAUUCCAGUAAUAACAGGGACCAAGUUCGAUGAUUUCGUCCAAUUACCAAUAGAUUUGCAGUGGACAAUAACAAGUCAGACAAGAGCGUAUGCAAAGGCACUGAACGCAAUAGUGUUCUUUUCGAGCGCAACCUACAACGUUAACGUGAAUAAGAUCUUCAAAUUCAUUACAGCUAAGCUCUUUAAUCUACCAUGGAAUUUGGAGCGUAAUCUCAAUGUUGGAGAACCCAUUAUUGAUUUGUAGUUUCCAACCUGAAGGAUCCCCUCCUUUCAAUGACUGUAAUUGUAGAUAAAAUUAGUUUUUUACGACUGUAUCAAACCAGUCACUGGAUCUCUUACAGUUACAAUAGGACCCAGUGAAUUCGUGUUAUGACACCCAGUGAGUCCUGUAUUCAAAUCUC